ACGUGACGCUGGGCUGGCGGCGCCGGUUGCCAGGGCGACAGCUGGAGAAGUGGCGGCGGAGCUGGUUGGAUUCGGGUGCUCGCGGCAGUGCAGCAGAGAUUUUUGCUGCUGUGAGAAUUAACAGUAACAGCUAACAUGGGGGACGUUCUGGCUCACGAAUCAGAAUUACUUGCGCUAGUGAAAGAGUACUUAGAUUUUGCCGAAUUUGAAGACACCUUGAAAACAUUUUCAAAAGAAUGCAAAAUGAAAGGAAAGCCAUUAUCUAAGACAGCAGGUGGCUCUUUAAGGGAUUCCAAAUCACUGAUCAUCCAGAAGGACCUCAUUGCUGCAUUUGACAACGGAGACCAGAAGGUGUUCUUCGAUUUGUGGGAGGAGCACGUGCCCAGUUCCGUCCGUGAUGGUGGCUCCCUGGCCCAGAAGCUGGAAUUCUAUCUUCACAUCCAUUUUGCCAUCUAUCUUCUGAAACACUCCGCGGGGAGACCUGACAGAGAGGACCUGGAUGAGAGGAUUUCUUAUUUCAAAACCUACCUGGAGACCAAAGGGGCGGCGUUGAGCCAGACCACGGAGUUUCUCCCUUUCUACGCUCUGCCUUUCGUUCCCAACCCUAUGGUCCACCCUUCAUUUAAAGAGCUCUUCCAGGAUUCUUGGGCUCCAGAAUUAAAGCUGAAGUUGGAAAAGUUUCUGGCUUUAAUUUUUAAAGCCAGUAACACGCCAAAGCUUUUAACAUUAUACAAGGAGAAUGGACAGAACAACAAAGAAAUGUCGCAGCAGCUCCACCAGCAGCUGAUAGAAGCUGAGCGAAGGUCAAUGGCGUACCUGAAGCGGUACAAUAAGAUCCAGGCGGACUACCACAAUCUCAUCGGGGUCACGGCAGAGCUGGUGGACUCCCUGGAGGCCACGGUCAGUGGCAAGAUGAUCACGCCGGAGUACCUGCAGAGUGUGUGCGUCCGCCUCUUCAGUAACCAGAUGCGGCAGAGCCUGGCCCACAGCGUGGACUUCACGAGGCCGGGGACGGCUUCCACCAUGUUACGGGCCUCGUUGGCACCCGGGAGGAAGCUGAAGGAUGUCCCAUUACUUCCCUCCUUGGAUUAUGAGAAACUGAAGAAGGAUUUGAUUUGGGGGAGUGACCGCUUGAAAGCCUUCUUGCUGCAGGCUCUACGCUGGCGCUUGACCACAUCCCAUCCGGGAGAGCAGAGGGAGACCGUUCUGGAAGCCUACAUUGACAAUGACCUCCUGGACUGUCACAGCCACGGCCAGAGGAGCGUGCUCCAGCUGCUGCGCUCCAAGAGCCACGUCGUGCGACAGUACUUGGCCCGGCUCGUCAACGCCUUCGCAUCCCUGGCAGAAGGUCGCCUCUACCUGGCCCAGAGCACAAGGAUGCUGCGGAUGCUGGAGGAGAGGCUGAAGGAGGAGGACGAGGACGUCGUCACCCGGGAGAACAUUCUCGGGGCCUUGCAGAAGUUCAGCCUCAGGUGCCAACCGUGCAGGAAGAACAUGUGUGCCAAGGUGGCAGGCCUGGUGCUGAAAGUCCUUUCGGACCUGCUCGGCCACGAGAACCACGAGAUACAGCCAUAUGUGAAUGGCGCCCUGUACAGCAUCCUUUCUAUUCCGUCCAUCCGUGAGGAAGCAAGGGCAAUGGGAAUGGAGGACAUUCUUCGCUGCUUCAUCAAAGAAGGCAACGCUGAAAUGGUCCGCCAGAUCGAAUUUAUCAUCAAGCAGCUCAAUUCAGAAGAGCAAGUGGAUGGUGUUCUUGAAUCCGAUGAUGAUGAAGAGGAAGAUGAUGAAGAGGACCAUGACAUUAUGGAAGCCGAUCUGGACAAAGACGAGCUGAUCCAGCCCCAGCUUGGAGAGCUUUCCGGCGAGAAGCUUCUGACCACGGAGUACUUGGGCAUCAUGACCAACACGGGGAAGGCGAGGCGGAAGGGCCUGGCUGGUGUGCAGCGCAGCGCCGAUGAGCCGCUGUGCCGGCCCGUCACCCCCGGCGGCCACAGGACCGGGUACCCAGUGUAAGUCCGGGCUCAAGGAGGCGGGAAUUUCUUAAGCUUUGUUUUCACUGCAGUGUCAGAUGUAUGCAUUUAAAAAUUCAAAAUAAAACGUUCACAUUGAAAAGCA